GAUACGUUACCUGGGCAAGCUCUAGCCAAGCAUCUCAUUGCCUUUCCAUUACCAACCAGAACUUAGGCUCAUUGUGUCCUGUUAGCUCAAACAGACAAGGUGGUCCUCUGCAGUUGGCUUUAUUCACAGACAAAGACAAUUAAGGAGCCAUGGCUGUUGCAAAUUUCCAAUACAUAACUCGGAUGAGCAGUGGUUUCAAAGUUUACAUCUUGGAAGGUAAUAUUUCUUAUUUAUUUUCUUAUACUAUUGUUUCACAAAAUAUAAUUGUGCUGCUGUGAUCUGUGCUACUUUAAAUAGCAGUCUUCAUAGCUGCAACAUGCAUUGUUAUCAUGUAUGAUGACACAGUUGUUAUUAUCAAAUCAAAUCACAUUUUAUUUAUCACAUGCGCCGAAGACAACACGUGUAGACCUAACCGUGAAAUGCUUACUUACAAGCCCUUAACCAGCAAUGCAGUUCAAGAAAUAGAGUUAAGAAAAUAUUUACUAAAUAAACUAAAUGUAAAAAUAAAAUAUAAUCAAAAAGUAACACAAGAAAAUUACAUAACAAUAACAAGGCUAUAUACAGGGGGUACCGGUACCGAGUCAAUGUGUGGGGGUACAGGUUAGUCGAGGUAAUUUGUAAAGUGGGGGUCAAUGUAAAUAUUCCGGGUGGCCAUAGAAGCUGUUAAGGAGCCUUUUGGUCCUAGACUUGGCACUCUGGUACCGCUUGCCGUGCGGUAGUAGAGAGAACAGUCUAUGACUUGGGUGACUGGAGUCUUUGACAAUUUUUCGGGCCUUCCUCUGACAUCACCUAGAAUACAGGUCCUGGAUGUCAGGAAGCUUGGCCCCAGUGAUGUACUGGGCCGUACGCACUUCCCUCUGUAGCGCCUUACAGUCAGAUGCCGAGUAGUUAAAAUACCAGGCGGUGAUGCAACCGGUCAGGAUGCUCUCGAUGGUGCAGUUGUAGAACUUUUUGAGGAUCUGGGUACCCAUGCCAAAUCUUUUCAGUCUCCUGAGGGGGGGGAAGGUGUUCUCGUGCCCUCUUCACAACUGUCUUGGUGUGCUUGGACCAUAUUAGAUGGUUAUUAGUUAGUAAUUAGUUCACAUAAUAUUUUUAGAAAUGCAAAUGUUUAUGGCCAUUAUAAAAUAACUUUUACUAAGUCUGUGUGAAUGUCAAUUAGUGCAUUUUAGCUGAUGGUUUGAAUUGUAUAAACACACAAACAUAUGUAAUCCGUUCCAAAACAAUUUGAACACUUUCAUUUAAGAAACCAAGACAAAUGUUCACUUUUACAGUCUGAGUUAUAGAUCAUGUAGACAAGUGUGAUAAUGACACCUCACUGUAUAAACUUUGGUGCAGUUUCAACUUCCUAAAAUGUGUCAAUGUGCUCAAGCAUUAUUUCAGGGGGGAUUAGGUCAGAUGCUGAGAAUAACUGUGGCAGAUGGAGAUGCUCUGAAGAUACUGCCCUCUUGUACCUUUACUCCUGCAUGGGAAACAAAUAACCAUGCCUCAGGCAUCAGAAAGUCAGUCAGGCAAGGUGUGGUUUUCCCCCAGUCCCCCACCACAGGCCUCCCCUGUGACACUCUGCUGUCCGAGGGAUAGAAGGGGAGGUCAUAGGUGAGAAGUUGCGAUUGAGGGACAGUACUGUUUGGGAUGUGGAUUGGAUUGAGGAUUGUGGAUUGGGGGAGUAUUUGAGGUUAGGGGGACCAUUCAUGUAAUAACAUGACCUAAUCAUUCAGCAUUGCAUCUCAAUGUGGUAGUAGAGCAUUGCAUGCCAAUGUGGUGGAUUUCUUUUGGCAUAUUGAUAAUGCUAAUUUGAAUAUAGUUCAAGGAAUUUAGCUUGAAAGAAACAACAUGAUAUGAGGUAUGAAGAGGGCUGGUGUCAGCUUUACAAAAUACAAAUACCAGUGUAAUGUAUUGAUAAACUUCACAUUGAUCUCUCUGUCAGUAACAAAAAGGAUGUUAGCACCUGCUGAUGUGUUUCAGUUAGUUUCUCACAAUAAGGAGAAAGCUUCUGUAUGAUGUGUGUAUUGUAAUGACAGUUGUGAGACAUUUAGUUAUCUUUUAGUAAGAAGUAAUACUUUGAUUAAGGCAUUAGCAACUGAAGUGUUAAGUUUGUCCAGUUCAAUCCACAUUUUGAGUAGAAACUAAUCUUUCUCUCUUAGAUAUGUAAAUGAGAUGGGUGUCAUCAUCACUGUAUGUAGAAAAACAACAUUUACCGUUCACAUUGAAUCAGCUGGAAAGAGUUGUAAUACUCACCAAUCUGGUUGAUCUAGUUCCACAGCUUAACGGAGUUUACAAUUAACGGUGGCAUGAAAGCUUUCCCACGAACCACUCAUACAGGUGAUACACCAUAUGUCACAGUCCCACAGACCAAAACAACCAGUCACCUAUUUACUCAUUGCCACACCUAAUGUCUUUUCAGUUGGUUACAGUUAGGUGUACGCCAUCCUUAUCUGUGCCAAUAUCUCUGCCAAUAUUUAUACUGUAUAUUAUUUCAAAUAGUAACCAUGAGCUUUACUUUUGCUUGAUCUUUCCUCUUGUAGGUCAGCCCAACCUAAGAAGUGAAGAUAGAUUCAGGCAUAUGGCCAAUGAGAGAGUUCGAGUGCCACCAGUGCAUCCGGUCAAGCGCAAGCACAGCUUUGAGUGUGGUCUAACACUGGAAGAAAGGUUUGUAAAAUCUCCCCAUGCCUUAUCCACCUUUAUAACAUCAUAAUUGACAACCACUGGUUUCAUAACUCCAUGUCCAGUGUGUGAUUCCAUGUUUCGAUGUGUGGUUUUGUGUUUCAGGCGAGAGAGGGCACAAAGCAGGAGCAACAUGAGAAGGUCAGCUGUGUUCAGUGUUCCCCAGAGCCCCACAUCCUCCUGGAGCCCAACCCCGAGUCCCACAGGUCAUCUGCCCCGCCAUGUGUAUUCCACACCACCUAUCGAUGAACCACUGGACCUAAUUAAGAAACCAAGGAAAGAGCCUGAGAUGACAGAGGAGAAAACCAAAAGCACUAGCGCCAUCAAUCAGAUACAGGUAAUUUCAAGAGGAACAAUUAUAAUAGUGGGUCCAGGUGCUAACAACUUGAAAUAUGGAAUUUCUGGUUUGUGUCAGUCACACUGUAUGUGCCUUUGUAAUCUCCCAGUGUAGCCCUAGGCAGUCAGAGCCUACAUAUCUCUGAGAUCUCUGUAUGGAUUCUAAACGCUCAGGCACAUUCUAUUCCCAAGAGCCUUUAUGGGACUCUGCUUGACCAUGAUAUCCAAUCCAGCCUGAUUUGAGAAUGUAAGCAAUGGUGGUAGGAAGGUAAUCAGUAAGACCAAACAGACACCUCUCUCUUUGACCUGUUUGUGCCACCCUGAUGAGGGUGAACAGCUUUCAGGUCCCAUCCUUUAACCAAAUUAAUUUUGUUUCCAAAAACUCAAACUGAACCCUUGACAAAGAGUUAGUGAUGGUGAAAUGUAUCAUGUUUACAUUGACAUGUUAAUCCUAUUGUUUUGGGGGGAAUGAGAAUUUCAACUACAUUGUUCUGUACAGAAUCGUAUACUGUUGUGAAAUUUACCAAUGAUUUUGCCUCUUUUAGGUGCGUCCUUCUGUGAUCACCUGUGUCUCCUCCACAAGAAAGCCCACCUGCAGUUCUGAGGUCGGCAGCAGUAGCCACUCCUCCACAGGUCAGUCUCAUACUCCUUUUAUUUCAUAAAAACUAAUGCUACAAUGCUGCUGUUAUAUUGCAGACUUGUUAAGAACUAUGCCUCUGACCUUUGUUGUAUUCUUUCCAUUGUAGUGUUAUCUAAGCACAGCUAUGACCAUGUUGUGGAGGAACAUUUCAAGAGAAGCCUGGGGAUGGACUACCAAAUGGCCAGCUCCCGCCAUCUCUCCAUCAGCGUCUCUGUGGAUGACCAUUUUGCCAAGGCCUUGGGAGAGAAGUGGUUUCAGAUCAAAUCGAAAUCCUCCUCAUGCUCCUCGUCUACAUCUUCUCCACCCAGCAGCCCAAGUGUCACUUACUCCCCCAGCUACGGCCACAGCCCAAACCAAGCUCCCAAAGAGUCUCCAAGUACCACCACUCCCACCUCCAGCUUCUGGUCAGUCAAAUAAAACUACAGAGAGCUUUCCUGGAGAAAGAAUUAACUUUGAGACGUAGCAUUUGAAUGCAAUACAACGGCAGAUCCAUGCUUUUCAAGGAAUGAGAGCACCAAGGAGACAAUGUUGGUGAAAGUGUAGACUCGAGAACAGGAAUGCAGGAAUACUUAGCUACUCUAUAUGGUUGAACCAUUGAGUGCAUCUCCAUGAGUCUAUUCCCUGCCAGUGGAAAGGGGAGUUAUUUCAAUUUCAGGGGACAAGCAAAUUUUGCAGUGAUGUCUUUAUUUCUCAAUUUCUGUCCCAGCCUGUCCCAGCCUUUUCAAUAGCAUAUCUAUCUCUGAAAUAGAUGGUGAUGUGGGAUGAUAGUUGGAGAAAAGAAAUGUGCCAUUAUAUUUCAUUAAAUGUGCCAUAUUUCAUUUAAUGCGGUGAAGAUGCCACUACUUUCAUGAUUGUGUAUUUAUACUGUAUGUUUUUUAACGAACCUGGAUCCUAUUUUCAGUCUAAUAAAUUAUCUACUGUAUACAGUGCUAACAAAUUCACCAAAUCUGUUCAAUACAGUAACUUCAUGUUUUUGUAUAAACUAUGGACAACUCAAAAAGAAAAACCUAUUUGUGUUGGGAUAUUGCAAGUUAUUCAUUUCAUUAGCUUUAUGAAUUAGAACUUAAACUAACCUUAUUCUUGUAUAAAAAAAGCAACCUGGAGAUUUCAGAAAAUAAAUGUGUGUGCAAUUUAUACAUUAUGUACUUGUUCCAAAAAAAUGUAAUGCUUAGAAAACUGUUGAAAUGCAUUAUAUACACUGAGUGUACAAAACA